GCCUCACCGCUGAGGCGGUCCUCUUCCCCCUGGACUGCCUCAAGACGCGGAUCCAGAGCCAGCAGAGGCUGGCCAGCCUCUGCGGCGUCAGGGGCCUCUACCGGGGCUGCGGGACGGCCAUGUGCGGCUCGGUGCCCGCCUCGGCCAUCUUCUGGUCGACGUACGAGGCAGUGAAGGGCCCAGGCUGCCUCGGCACCGACAGCACGGCCGGCGAGCUCGCGAGCACGCCGUCGGUGCUGAAGGUGGCCACCACUGUCGUGCUGGCGUCCGCAGUGAGCGAGUUGUGCGCUUCCUUCAUCCGCGUGCCAGUGGACCUGGUGAAGCAGCGGCUGCAAGUGGGGUACAAGAGCAGCCGCACCCUGGCGAUGGAGCCACGCGUCUUCGUGGCGUCCUUCCAGGCCACCGCGCUCCGCGACGUAACGCACAGCAGCCUCCAGUUUCCCAUAUACGAGUAUCUGAAGGUGUGCGCUCGCAAGCACCGCAGCGGCACCGCCGAGGAGCACCUGCCGCACUCCCUGACCGCGGCCCUGGGCAGCGUCGCGGGCGUCGUCUCGGCUCGCUCUCGGCAGCACGAGGGGGGCGAGGAGCUCAAGCAGCACCCGCCCGGCGGGGGCCUGGGCCCCAGGGCAGUGCGCAUGCUGGCGUGCUGCUGCAACGCGCUCGACCCGGGCAACGUCCUGGACGACUUCGGGAGCCGGAGCCGGAAGGAGAUCAAGCAGGCCAGGGUGCGGCCUCUCUUGGCCGACCUGGAGGCGCAGUUCCGGGAGAGCUGCGGCGAGGACGGCCAGCUGGACAUGGCGGAGCUGGCGGCGAUUUGGAAGAAGGUCGCGUGCAGCAAGGUGGGCAAGCUCAGCGCGGAAGACGAGGCGUUGAUCGAGCAGAGCUGCAAGACCUAUUUCGCGCAGAUCGACGUGUCCAAGGACGGUUCUGUCAGCUACGACGAGUUCGUCUCCUUCAUGAUCGGCGCUGACGAGGCGAGGGGCGGGCUUGACACGGCGGCCUGGACGAAGGAUAUUAACGCGUCCUUGAAGAAGAACCCGGACAAACUGCAAGACAUGAUCAGGCAGUUCAAGUCCUGGGACAAAAAUGGCGACGGGAAGGUCACCAAGGAGGAGCUGGAAGAGGUGCUCCAUGACAUGCACAAGAGCUCCAGCAGCACGGCAGAUAUCAAAAAGUUGGAGGAGGUAAAGAACCACAUAUUCGACGUCGCAGACGUCGACGGCAAUGGGAACGUCGACCUGUGGGAGGUCAUGUCCUACAUGCUCGGCCGGAGAAAGACUCCCGUGGAGGUUCUGUUGUACGACGUGUCCAAGGGCUUCGCCGAGAAAUGGAGCAAGGUCCUCAUGGGCAAAACGGUGCAGGCUUGCCAUACAGGAGUGCUUGUAUACAACAGCGAGUACUGGUGCGGCGGAUCGAUCUUCCGCAGCGAGCCGCCGUGCACCAAGGCCUUCGGGGAGCCCCUCGCGCACUACUCCAAGUCGGAGCCCCUCGAGGCGUCGGAGGUACGCCCCGAGUUGCCAGUGAUUAAGAUGGGGUACACGUUCGUCACGCACGACGAGUUCGUAGCUUGGCUGGCCCAGGACAUUGUCCCCCGGUACGACCGGGAGAAGUACGACAUCCUCACGCACUCGUGCAACCAUUUCACGAACGAGGCCGUGAGGUUCCUCACGGGCAGCCCGCUGCCGGAGCGCAUCUUCGAGCUGCAGAAGGCGUUCCUGACCCCGACUCUGAUCGCCAUGCGGCCUUUCUUGAACAAGUACAUGUGCUGCUUCGGGGACGCCCAGAAGAAGAUCGACGCGUCCUCGGGCUUCGCGGAGGACUACAUGCCCGAGGACAGGCAGGAGAACCACGACGAGCUGAUCUCGGAGGUCCUCGGCACAGGUGAGAUGGUCAUCCUCACGGGCCUGUCUGGCCUGGAGAAUCACGACCACGUGAUGGGCAAGAUCAACGCCGUGAGCGAGAAGGGCGACAAGUUUGAUGUCACCUACUUCGACCCCGUCCAGGAGACUGUCGUCAAGAAGGAGGGUGUGGAUGCGCUGAAGGUCAGGAGGCUCGGGGCGGCCGCGUGA